AGGAAGGAGCCGCGGGGGGGCAAGUCCUCGGGGCGCUCAGUCGAGGCUGAGCCGGGCGGGGGACGGACCUGCCGCUGCUCACGCCGCCGCCACCGCCUCCCUCCCUCCCCCCUCGACCAGGACGCCACCUGCUGCUGCUGCUGCUGCCUGCCUGCGCGGCAGACCCCGAUGGGCUCCGGGCACGGGCAGCAGGAUGCGCUCGCGACGGCGGCGUGAGCAGCUGCGCCCGGCCUCCUGCGGCUCCUCCGGGCCGGCGGCGGCGGCGGCGGGAAGCUCUCUCACCUCGGCAGCCACGACGACCCCGGGCAACCAGCCCCAUCGGAUAAGCCCUGGCACUGAAAGCAGGUUCUGGAGCGAAGACCUGGCGCAGAUUAAGCAGACUGUCUUUCAAAAGAACCAGUAUGGCUUCCGGGAGGGCAGGUCCUGCCCCGCUAACCUUGUGGAGUUCUUUGAGAGAGUCAACAGGAGCCGUAGCACAGCAGUAGCAGCCUUUCUGCAGAGGCCUGGUGGCACCCCUUGUCUUCAGGCUUCCAGCGCGUCCUGUGUUCACUCCGUCUACCAAUGAACUUCUUGGCACACAUCCUCCUGGUCCAACAGGACAGGAAGCACCAGUGAGGCACAAUCCCAAUACCGACCGAGCUGACUGGAGAGGUCAGAGCCAAGGUGGGAGACGUCGCUUAGACUUGGCCUAUGGGGACCCUUCCGCAAGUUAGCUCUAGAAACUUCCCUGUGAUGGCCUGGGAGGUCCUGUGGACGUACCACUUCUGGCCCCACAGAUUCCUGUUCUAAGCGGGGACUGGCAACUCCUCUGGCUUCCGCCACUGCUCUUGUGCCCCAGCAAGUCCUUCGGUCCCACCCUGAGGAUGUGCAACACGACCAUGGUGAGCUGCCACGUGGACUCCAAGAUUGACCACCUCUUCCCCCCAACACUGUACAUCAUCGUCAUCACCAUGGGCUUCCCCACUAACUGCAUGGCGCUCUGGGCCGCCUACCUGCAGGUCAGGCAGAAGAAUGAGCUAGGUGUCUACCUGAUGAACCUUUCCAUCGCCGACCUGCUCUACAUCGCCACCCUGCCCCUCUGGAUCGACUACUUCCUUCACUAUGACAACUGGAUCCACGGCCAGGAAUCCUGCAAGGUCUUUGGGUUCAUCUUCUACACCAACAUCUACAUCAGCAUCGCCUUCCUGUGCUGCAUCUCCGUGGACCGUUACCUGGCUGUGGCGCAUCCUCUGAGGUUUGCCAAGUUCAGGCGGGUCAAGACGGCUGUGGCUGUCAGUGUGGUAGUGUGGGCCAUUGAAAUUGGGGCCAACUCGGCCCCCCUCUUCCACAACGAACUCUUCCACGACCGCUACAAUCACACCUUCUGCUUUGAAAAGUAUCCCAUGGAAGAGUGGGUGGCCUGGAUGAACCUCUACCGCGUCUUCAUUGGCUUCCUCUUUCCAUGGACACUGAUGCUCUUCUCCUACCAGGGGAUCUUAAGGGCUGUGCGUGGGAACAUCUCCACCGAAAAGCAAGAGAAGGCCAAGAUCAAGCGCCUCUCGCUCAGCCUCAUCGUCAUCCUCCUCGUCUGCUUUGCCCCCUACCAUGUCAUCCUCCUCUCCCGCAGCGCCGUCUACCUGAGCAAGCCCUGUGACUGCAGCUUCGAGGAGAAGGUCUUUGUGGCCUACCACAUCUCGCUGGCCUUCACCAGCUUGAAUUGCGUGGCUGACCCCAUCCUCUACUGCUUUGCCAACGAGGGGGCCCGGAGCGACGUGACCAAGGCCCUCUCCACCCUGCUGCGUUUCCUGGCAAGCUCCAAGCCCCAGGAGAUGGCCAAUGCCUCCCUCACCCUCGACACGCCCCUCUCCUGCAAGAAGAGCAGCUUCUGCCGGCAGCCCCUGACGCUCCCACUGCCCCCCUUGCAGGCUGGGGUGGGGAUAAGGGACGAGGAGCUCCAGAUGAAGAUCCUGACUUUCAACCAAUGAACCCUCCCCACAAGGAAGCAUGUGGGGCCGCAUGACGGUGACCAUGUGGCCCCACUGGCAGCCGGCUAGGACAGAGGGCCUAGGAAUAGAGUAUUUGGUAAUAAUAAAAUUAUUAUUGUUGCUG